CCUUGGGUGGAGCCACAACUUUGCGCGAGUGUCUUGGUUGAGCGCAGCGCCCAUUCAUUGCCCGCGAGCGUCCAUCCAUCUGUCCCGCCGGCUGUCCAGCGAAAAGGGCUCCAGGCCGGACGCAGCCGCCACCCGGGGGACCGAGGCCAGGAGAGGGGCCGAGAGCGCGGCUGACCCUUGCGGGCCGGGACAGGGGACGGUGCCGCGGCCAUGCAGUCCUGUGCCAGGGCGUGGGGGCUGCGCCUGGGCCGCGGGGUCGGGAGCGGCCGCCGCCUAGCUGGGGGAUCGGGGUCGUGCUGGGCGCCGCGGGGCCGGGACAGCAGCAGUGGCGGCGGGGACAGCGCCGCGGCUGGGGCCUCGCGCCUCCUGGAGCGCCUCCUGCCCAGACACGACGACUUCGCUCGGAGGCACAUAGGCCCUGGGGACAAAGACCAGAGAGAGAUGCUGCAGACCUUGGGGCUGGCGAGCGUUGAUGAAUUGAUCGAGAAGACGGUCCCUGCCAACAUCCGUUUGAAAAGACCCUUGAAAAUGGAAGACCCUGUUUGUGAAAAUGAAAUCCUUGCAACUCUGCAUGCCAUUUCAAGCAAAAACCAGAUCUGGAGAUCGUAUAUUGGCAUGGGCUAUUAUAACUGCUCAGUGCCACAGACGAUUUUGCGGAACUUACUGGAGAACUCAGGAUGGAUCACCCAGUAUACUCCAUACCAGCCUGAGGUGUCUCAGGGAAGGCUGGAGAGUUUACUCAACUACCAGACCAUGGUGUGUGACAUCACAGGGCUGGACAUGGCCAAUGCAUCCCUGCUGGAUGAGGGGACUGCAGCCGCAGAGGCGCUGCAGCUGUGCUACAGACACAACAAGAGGAGGAAAUUUUUUGUUGACCCCCGUUGCCACCCACAGACAAUAGCUGUUGUCCGGACUCGAGCCAAAUAUACUGGAGUCCUCAUUGAGCUAAAGUUACCCUGUGAAAUGGACUUCAGUGGAAAAGAUGUCAGUGGAGCAUUGUUCCAGUACCCAGACACAGAGGGGAAGGUGGAAGACUUUACGGAACUCGUGGAGAGAGCGCAUCAGAGUGGGAGCCUGGCCUGCUGUGCUACUGACCUUUUAGCUUUGUGCAUCUUGAGGCCACCUGGAGAAUUUGGGGUAGACAUCGCCCUGGGCAGCUCACAGAGAUUUGGAGUGCCACUGGGCUAUGGGGGACCCCACGCAGCAUUUUUUGCUGUCCGAGAAAGCUUGGUGAGAAUGAUGCCUGGAAGAAUGGUGGGAGUAACAAGAGACGCCACUGGGAAAGAAGUGUAUCGUCUUGCUCUUCAAACCAGGGAGCAACACAUUCGGAGAGACAAGGCUACCAGCAACAUCUGUACAGCUCAGGCACUCUUGGCGAAUAUGGCUGCCAUGUUUGCAAUCUACCAUGGUUCCCAUGGGCUGGAGCAUAUUGCUAGGAGGGUACAUAAUGCCACUUUGAUUUUGUCAGAAGGUCUCAAGCGAGCAGGGCAUCAACUCCAGCAUGACCUGUUCUUUGAUACCUUGAAGAUUCAGUGUGGCUGCUCAGUGAAGGAGGUCUUGGGCAGGGCCGCUCAGCGGCAGAUCAAUUUUCGACUUUUUGAGGAUGGCACACUUGGUAUUUCUCUUGAUGAAACAGUCAAUGAAAAAGAUCUGGACGAUUUGUUGUGGAUCUUUGGUUGUGAGUCAUCUGCAGAACUGGUUGCUGAAAGCAUGGGAGAGGAGUGCAGAGGUAUUCCAGGGUCUGUGUUCAAGAGGACCAGCCCGUUCCUCACCCAUCAAGUGUUCAACAGCUACCACUCUGAAACAAACAUUGUCCGGUAUAUGAAGAAACUGGAAAAUAAAGACAUUUCCCUUGUUCACAGCAUGAUUCCACUGGGAUCCUGCACCAUGAAACUGAACAGUUCGUCUGAACUCGCACCUGUCACAUGGAAAGAAUUUGCAAACAUCCACCCUUUUGUGCCUCUGGACCAAGCUCAAGGAUAUCAGCAGCUUUUCCGAGAGCUUGAGAAGGACUUGUGUGAACUCACAGGUUAUGACCAGGUCUGUUUCCAGCCAAACAGCGGAGCCCAGGGAGAAUAUGCUGGACUGGCCACUAUCCGAGCCUACUUAAACCAGAAAGGAGAGGGGCACAGAACGGUUUGCCUCAUUCCGAAAUCAGCACAUGGGACCAACCCAGCAAGUGCCCACAUGGCAGGCAUGAAGAUACAGCCUGUGGAGGUGGAUAAAUAUGGGAAUAUCGAUGCAGUUCACCUCAAGGCCAUGGUGGAUAAGCACAAGGAGAACCUAGCAGCCAUCAUGAUUACAUACCCAUCCACCAAUGGGGUGUUUGAAGAGAACAUCAGUGACGUGUGUGACCUCAUCCAUCAGCAUGGAGGACAGGUCUACCUAGAUGGGGCGAAUAUGAACGCUCAGGUGGGAAUCUGUCGCCCUGGAGACUUUGGGUCUGAUGUCUCGCACCUAAAUCUUCACAAGACCUUCUGCAUUCCCCAUGGAGGAGGUGGUCCUGGCAUGGGGCCCAUCGGAGUGAAGAAACAUCUUGCCCCGUUUUUGCCCAAUCAUCCCAUCAUUUCACUAAAGCGGAAUGAGGAUGCCUGUCCUGUGGGAACCGUCAGUGCGGCCCCAUGGGGCUCCAGUUCCAUCUUGCCCAUUUCCUGGGCUUAUAUCAAGAUGAUGGGAGGCAAGGGCCUUAAACAAGCCACGGAAACUGCGAUAUUAAAUGCCAACUACAUGGCCAAGCGAUUAGAAAAACACUACAGAAUUCUUUUCAGGGGUGCAAGAGAGAUAGGGUUUCACCAUGUCGGCCCGGCUGGUUUUGAACUCCUGACCUCAAGUGAUUUGCCUGCCUCAGCUUCCCAAAGUGCUGGGAUUACAGGUUAUGUGGGUCAUGAAUUUAUUUUGGACACGAGACCCUUCAAAAAGUCUGCAAAUAUUGAGGCUGUGGACGUGGCCAAGAGACUCCAGGAUUAUGGAUUUCACGCCCCUACCAUGUCCUGGCCUGUGGCAGGGACCCUCAUGGUUGAGCCCACUGAGUCGGAGGACAAGGCAGAGCUGGACAGAUUCUGUGAUGCCAUGAUCAGCAUUCGGCAGGAAAUUGCUGACAUUGAGGAGGGCCGCAUCGACCCCAGGGUCAAUCCGCUGAAGAUGUCUCCACAUUCCCUGACCUGCGUUACAUCCUCCCACUGGGACCGGCCUUAUUCCAGAGAGGUGGCAGCAUUCCCACUCCCCUUUGUGAAACCAGAGAACAAAUUCUGGCCAACGAUUGCCCGGAUUGAUGACAUAUAUGGAGAUCAGCACCUGGUUUGUACCUGCCCACCCAUGGAAGUUUAUGAGUCUCCAUUUUCUGAACAAAAGAGGGCGUCUUCUUAGUCCUCUCUCCCUAAGUUUAAAGGACUGAUUUGAUGCCUCUCCCCAGAGCAUUUGAUAAGCAAGAAAGAUUUCAUCUCCCACCCCAGCCUCAAGUAGGAGUUUUAUAUACUGUGUAUAUCUCUGUAAUCUCUGUCAAGGUAAAUGUAAAUACAGUAGCUGGAGGGAGUCGAAGCUGAUGGUUGGAAGAUGGAUUUGCUUUGGUAUUCUGCUUCCACGUGUGCUGGUUGCCUGGAUUGGGAGCCAUUUUGUGUUUUGCAUAGAAAGUUUUAGGAACUUUAUAACUCUUAAUGUGGCAAGUUUGCAGACUUUAUAGAUGCUAUCCUGGAGACUUAAUAGACAUAUUUUUGUUCCAAAAGAGUCCGUGUGGACUGUGCCAUCUGUGGGAAAUCCCAGGGCAAAUGUUUACAUUUUGUAUACCCUGAAGAACUCUUUUUCCUCUAAUAUGCCUAAUCUGUAAUCACAUUUCUGAGUGUUUUCCUCUUUUUCUGUGUGGUUUUUUUUUUAAUCUGCAUUUAUUAGUAUUCUAAUACAAGCAUUUUGAUUGGAAGAA